AUGGAACACAUCCCUGACGUGCAUAAAGAGGAUCCAGGUUUUCCGGAACAAGUGCCUGAGGAAGUUACUGAGGAUCAGAUUGGCGGACAGGGUCACAAACGAGGAACAACACAGAGCGUCACGGCCACCCACAAGUGGCCUCCGCAUGGAGUGGAGACUGGAGACACUAUAUCUGUGUGCGUUUUAGGUCAAUUGUCUGUUCGUGUUGUUGGUGAUGUGGUGGGUGAUAUUGUGGGUGAUGUUGUGGGUGAUGUGGUGGGUGAUGCGGUGGGUGAUGUGGCGGGUAAUGUUAAGGGUGAUGUUGUGGGUAAUGUUAAGGGUGAUGUGGAGGGUGAUAUUGUGGGUGAUGUUGGUGGUGAUGUGGUGGGUGAUAUUGUGGGUGAUGUUGUGGGUGAUGUGGUGGGUGAUGCGGUGGGUGAUGUGGCGGGUAAUGUUAAGGGUGAUGUUGUGGGUAAUGUUAAGGGUGAUGUGGAGGGUGAUAUUGUGGGUGAUGUUGGUGGUGAUGUGGUGGGUGAUAUUGUGGGUGAUGUUAUGGGUGAUGUGGUGGGUGAUGUUGUGGGUGAUGUUAUGGGUGAUGUGAUGGGUGAUGUUGUGGGUGAUGUUGUGGAUGAUGUUGUGGGUGAUGUUGUGGGUAAUGUUGUGGGUAAUGUUAAGGGUGAUGUUGUGGGUGAUGUGGUGGGUGAUGUUGUGGGUGAUGUUAUGGGUGAUGUGGUGGGUGAUGUUAUGGGUGAUGUUGUGGGUGAUGUUGUGGGUGAUGUUAAGGGUGAUGUUAUGGGUGAUGUGGUGGGUGAUAUUGUGGGUGAUGUGGUGGGUGAUGUUGUGGGUGAUGUUAAGGGUGAUGUUGUGGGUAAUGUUGAGGGUGAUGUUAAGGGUGAUGUUGGUGAUGUGGUGGGUGAUGUUGUGGGUGAUGUUAAGGGUGAUGUUAAGGGUGAUGUUGUGGGUGAUGUGGUGGGUGAUGUGGUGGGUGAUGUUAUGGGUAAUGUUAAGGGUGAUGUUGUGGGUGAUGUUAGGGGUGAUGUGGUGGGUGAUUUUGUUGAUAAUGUUAAGGGUGAUGUUGUGGGCGAUGUGGUGGGUGACAUUGUGGGUGAUGUGGUGGGUGAUGUUAAGGGUGAUGUGGUGGGUGAUGUUGUGGGUGAUGUUGUGGGUGAUGUUGUGGGUGAUGUUAAGGGUGAUGUGGUGGAUGAUGUGGUGGGUGAUGUGGUGGGUGAUGUUGUGGGUAAUGUUAUGGGGGAUGUUGUGGGUAAUGCGGUGGGUGAUGUUAUUGGUGAUGUGAUGGGUGAUGUUAUGGGUGAUGCGGUGGGUGAUGUUAUGGGUGAUGUUGUGGUUGAUGUCAAGGAUGAUGUUGUUGGUGAUGAUAUGGAAUUAUUUUAA